UUUAACACUGUUGAUUCGUAUUCUUUCCAUCGUAUAUUUUUUCAUUGUGUAGGUGAUAAUUUUUUAUUUACAAUAAAAUAAAACAUUAAUCCAUUCCGCUUCAAUCCAAACAUAAACUUGGUCUUAUCCUUAGAAGAUUUUGGAUUAAGAAAAGGUGAGGGAAGAGAGUGGUUCUUUUCUUUUGCUCGUUAAAUCGAAUGAUUUGAAUUCGACACGGGCACAGUAAAAAAGGGUUUAGUUGUGUUCGAAAUUCGAAAUUCCAAUCGCAAAGCAUAAGAAAAAUUAAGAAAAAAUGACGGUGAAACCAAUCCAUCUUCAGAUAUGUGGAUUGGUUAGUCAACGAUGGAGUUGGAAACCCCGCACAGUCUCAUCCCUCUCCUCAUUUUCCCCAAUUCCAUACCCUAACCCUUAUUCCAAACUGCUUCCCACCAACACCGUCGCUCGCAGGGUUCGAUUCGCGCCAUUUCACGCUUCCUCGUCGCCGCUUCCUUCUGCCGGUAUUGUUCGAAACAUCAAGUUCUGUCAGUGGUGUGGUGGUUCCACGAAGCAUGAUAUUCCUGAAGGGGAGGAAAGGUUGAGAGCAAUAUGUACGGUUUGCGGGAAGAUCGCGUAUCAAAAUCCGAAGAUGGUAGUUGGCUGCCUCAUUGAACAUGAUAACAAGGUCCUUCUUUGCAAGAGGAGUAUUCAACCAUCUCAUGGCCUUUGGACCCUUCCUGCUGGUUAUUUGGAAAUUGGAGAGUCUGCUGUGGAAGGUGCCAUUAGGGAAACAAGGGAGGAAGCAAAUGCAGACGUAGAAGUAAUUUCUCCAUUUGCCCAAUUGGAUAUUCCUUUAAUUGGCCAAAGUUACAUGAUAUUCUUAGCAAAGCUGAAGAAGCACCAUUUUUCACCUGGUCCAGAAUCAUCGGCAUGCCAACUUUUUCCACUUGAUGAUAUACCUUUCAAUUCUUUAUCCUUUUCAUCAAUGGUGGUUACCUUAAGUUUGUAUGUUGAGGAUAUUAAGGCUGGAAAGCUCAAAUUCCAUUAUGGAACCAUUAACAAAAGGCCGGGUACAAGUCCUUCUGAUAUUCGUGCCUAUACACUGGAUCACCAUAUGCAUUCAUGAGUCGUGAUAAGCAGAGGAUUAUUAAGAGGAAGUUGUUGGAAGAUCCAAAAGAACUCAUUGCAGCAUUCUUAUUGAUUUUCCAUCCCGAUUAGCCAAUAAUACAUCUAUGAUCAUGAUUUUCUCAACAUUUUGCAUGUUACAAUAGAGUAUAAGAAGAUUGUAAGUUGAAAAUUUUCUUCGGCCAGCCAGAAGAUUGUAAGUUGAAAAUUUUCUUCGGCCAGCCAGAAGAUUGCAUGUCUUCUGCAAAGAAUUUCCGUGUUACUGGCUUGAACUCACGCUUGUCACAAGCUUAAAUUCAACAUUGUCCCAAGGUAGAUGAGCAGUGUUCUAAUUCAAGAAGGGCAUGUUAGACCAAUGGUCAUCAUUACCUGCGAAUUCCUCAGCUGCUCUUGUGGACCUACCAUAUCAAAUUGGUAGGUAGUUGCGUUGCAGAAAGAAAGAUUGAGACUUGUUUUGCAAUCUGCAUUGGAAUUGUAAACAUAAACACUCAUUGAGAUAAAUGUAAUUCUUUUUGAAAAUUUUCCCCAUUUCAAAAAUCAGGGACUCUUGACGCACUUUGGUUGACAUGUUUGAUGCAAUAUGGUAACAUAAUCAAGACAUGGGCACGAUCUUCAACUCAGAAAGCUCCAUUUUUAGUAGAACUUGGUGAUUUUUACUCGUUUUUUUCUCUUAAUCACACAUUUAUCCUCUUGUAUACCGAGGUCAGUUCAAGACUCAGUGUGCAGGCAAUGGCAUUUGUUAUUAGGAGCAA